AUGGGUUCAGCAUUAAAAAUCUUGGGGAGCACAAACUCCUCUUUAAUUUCGACAAUAAAACCGAUGUUGAUCGGAUUUUUACAACAGGAACCUUGGAGUUUCGACAAGCACUUAGUGGUGCUCCAGCGAUUCAGUCAAGACACCUCACUAGAGAACCUUAAACUGCAGGAAUCUACCUUCUGGAUACAAGUUCACAACAUCCCGCCCAACUAUUUGGAUAGGGAGACAGCAAAGGAAAUUAGUACAACAGCGGGACAAGUUGUAAGUACAAAGGAUAAUGCAGAGUCUGGUGGGGAAGGCUUUAUUAGAGUUAGAGUUGUUGUGGAUGUGACUCAACCCAUCUGCCGGGGCAGAGUAGUCACCCUGGAGAACAAAAAGAAAACCUGGGUUUCUUUCAAGUAUGAACGACUGCCGAAUCUAUGCUACUGGUGUGGUCGCCUAGACCUCGAUGACAAAGAUUGUGAACUCUGGAUCAAUAACGAAGGGACCCUUGAACCAGAUAAAAAAAGAUACAACUCAAGCAUACGAGCUCUACCCGUUGUCUCUUCCAAUAGAAACAUGAUACGUGUUCCGGGCUUCUUUGAAGAUCAGAUAAAGAAGAAAACCCAAGGGCCAGGCUCGCCGACAAGGGAACAACAACCACCGGCGGUCCAGAUCAAUACUAAGGCUCCAAACAAACAGACUGCUCCUAGCAAGGAAGGUGCGAGUUUCGAGGAAGGAUUACACGUAGAUAACCCUUUUGUCUCCUCUGUUACAGCCACACCUUUUCCAGUCUCAAUCCCAAUAUCGGCGGGUUCUCAGAAAGGUAAGGAGGGUUUUGAGGAAACAUUAAAUGAGAUUGAUCGUGAUAUCCAGAGAUUUGACCUUCCCUACACGAAUAAGAAUGCUCCCACGACUUCUAGUCAAAAUUCAACCAAAGAAAAUUCUGGUUCCAUUCGGACCUAUGAUGCCUCUCAAAAGCCCAUUAGUAAGGGCCCAUCCCUUAGCACACCUAAAUUAAGCCUAACACACAACAUAGAGAAACAAGCCAAGUGGACCAGGGUGGCACGGCUUGCAGGCCUAGGAAAUGAACCUAUUUGUUAUAUGACUCGUGGAAAAAGAAGUCUACCUUCUCCAACGGAUGAUCGUCCUAUCCAAAAGCCCAGGUUGGUCAUAAUACAGUAUGAUACCAACAAGAUUCCUCCAAUGGCGGUGGCUGAAUCUUAG